AUGGUUAAAGCAUAUGUUGAGAUAUCAGGUGAUAAUGUAGAGACAUCACCAUCGUUAUACACCAAUUUCGAUCUUCAUAGAUAUCUCUUUGAGUGUGGUGAAGGUACACAACGAUCUUUUACACAGAGACCAGGUAUCAACUUUACAAAGUUGAACAAUAUAUUUCUGUCGACAUUGCGAUGGGAAUCGGUUGGUGGUCUGUUAGGUCUGACCUAUACGAUCGAUGACAUCGGUAUUUCAGAGAUUGAUAUCUACGGACCGAAAGGAUUGCAUCAGCUGUUCACAGCGUCACGAUUCUUCAGUGGCAAUCACAAUCUAUCGAUCAACUUGUUCGAGCUGCCAAACACUACGAAUCACGUGAUCCGUGACUCUGAACUCACCAUCAUCUCGGUGCCAAUCAAUAGAUGUCCACCAAAGAUACCAUCGACAUUCCGUCACUACCGACAAGACAGAAAGGAAAUGAGAAUAGUCGAUAUCAAAGAUGAACCAUCUCCACCACCCUCACCAGAGUCAGAAUUUGAAACCUAUAAGAAUAAUAUUAAAAAUAGUAAUAGUAAUAGCAAUAAUAACAACAAUCAUCAAUGUGAUAUCUCUGACACUGUAUUGGGUGCAAUUGAACAGAAUAGCAAUAAUAAUAAUGGAGAUGAAUCAUCUACAACUACAUCGGGAUUGGAUGGUGAUUUAUCAUCGAAACCACUAUUCAAAAGAAUGAAAAGAGAAAUCCCUGCUUAUUUCCCAAAGGGAAGCAAAGUAGAUAUGGAUUCUGAUACCGUCCACUGUUGGGUUUGCAGUACCAAUGAAUUUGUCGGUCGAUUCCACCCAGAGAAAGCACUGGAACUUGGUAUCCCAAAGAGUCAAGCAUUCCUUUUCAAGCGUCUAAAGAAUGGUGAAACCAUCACACUUCCCGAUGGAACUCAAAUAUUUCCACAUCAAGUCAUGGAUGAACCAUCUCCUGCAACCAAUUUCACAAUUAUAAAAUGUCCAAGUAUUGAAUAUUUCGAUUCACUUUUCAGUAAUGAAGCAUUCCUACCAUAUCAUAAUAAUGAGAAGGUUAUGAGUGGAGUGUUUCAUAUGUCACCACCUGAAGUUUUACACUCAAAGCGAUACAUUGAAUUCAUGGAGAAGUUUGGACCAGUCACUAAACAUAUUAUUGUGAACAAAGAGAAUUGUGAGUACAGUCCAUCGUUCCCAGGUUCAGAGAUUCAUUUGAACCGACUGGCACAGGUAGUACCCGACCUAUUCCCACCACCAAUAAAGCCAAGAACUGUUACACCACUCUUUGAGACCGGUAAACCAACCAUUCAUUCAGAGACACUAAAGAACAAUAUGAUACCUAUUGAAAAGUUAACGCGUUUCACAUUGGCACCUUCACGUCAAGCCGGUGAAAUCCAACAGGUCACACAAACCGGCAAGGAAUUUGAUGAUGUCGUAUUACCCAAUCUUUCAAUUAAAGAUAAAUUGGAUGAAGUAAUUAAAUUUGUCAAUACAGCAAAGAAUAAAGUUGAAUAUCCAAAAGUAUUGUUUACAGGUACUGGAAGUGCUUUGCCAUCACCCUAUAGAAAUGUAACCGGUAAUCAUAUAUUGAUGGAGAAUGGAACCAGUAUGUUAUUGGAUGCCGGUGAAGGUACCUAUGGACAACUAGCCAGAUUCUUUGGACAUGAAAACAUUGCAAAGAUACUUAUCAACCUUAAAGUGAUUUGGAUCUCUCAUGUACAUGCUGAUCAUCAUUUAGGUAUUCCAAGAAUUUUAGAAAAGAGAGCAAGAGCAUUUGAAGAAUUAGGUAUUAAAGAAGAUCCAGUCGUUAUUAUUGGUCCACAUACCUUAAUUUUUUGGUUAAAGCUAUUAAGGAGAAUGACACCUAUCGAUUUUGAAGGAGUUGAAUUUGAACAAAUACAAAAUUCUAAACCUGCAAUUGCUGCACUUCAGAAAUUAGGAAUUGUUUCUCUUGAGAGUGUACCUGUUAUUCACUGUACGAAUGCUUGUGGUGUUGUCAUUGAAUUGGAAAAUGGUGUUAAAUUUACAUACUCUGGUGACACUAGACCAUGUAGUGAUUUGGCAGUAGCAGGUCAAGAUUCAACGUUCUUGUUGCACGAAGCUACGUUUGGAGAUGACAUGCAGAAUGAAGCGAAAGCAAAGAAACACUCGACCAUCGGUGAGGCGUUGGACAUCGGUAGACAGAUGCGUGCAAAAUUCACAUUGCUCACCCACUUUAGUCAGAGAUACUCCAAGAUACCAGAUCUUAGUGGUCACGGUACCUUUGGUUUGGCAUUCGAUUUGCUUCAAGUCGCACCAUAUCAAUUCCCAAUGCUACCACAUCUCACCAAGGUAUUCGAAUCUUACCUCGUAAAGAAAAAAGAAGAACCUAUCAUUGAAAUUCCAAAAAAGGUAAAAAAUAAUAUUCCAUCAUCCAAAUCAAAAAAUAAACCAAAUAAUAAUAAUAAUAAUAAUAAUAAUAAUAAUAAUAAUAAUAAUAUUGAUAGUAAUGAUAAUAAUAAUAACAAUAACAACAAUAAUAAUAAAAACAAUAAUAGUAAAAAAAGAAAAGAAAUAUCAGAUGAUUCGAAUAGUAGUAAUACUAAUAAUGAAACUAAUUCAAUUCAACCAACUAGUAAUAUUACAAUGCCAAAUCAAAUAAAGAAUAAUUAUUCGACAAAGAAACUCGAUAAAAGUAGUAGUCGCCCAAAAUCAUUUUCGUCAUCAUUCAAAAGAUCAUAUUCAACAAAAACCUCCACCACCACCACCACUACAUCAUUCAAUCAUAAUAGUUUUAAUGCAUCAUAUAGCAAUAGUUUUAAACCCAAUAUUUAUUUAACUUUAUUUAGUAAAUCUUUAAAAUUUGGUGCCAAGAUAAUCUAA